AUGAACAAUAAUACAUGUGAUUAUCAUCCUGAACAAAGAAUUACAAUUUUGUGUUUAUUCAAUGGUUGUUAAGAGGAUCGUUUGGGUUGUUAGAAAUGUCUUCUCUCUUUACAUAAAGCACAUAUAAAAAGUUGUGUGUUGAUAUCAGAAAUCUAAAAGAAAUAACAUUGUGUGGAAUUAUUUGCAAAUACUCCAAACGAAUAAUAAAUAAUAAAGUUUUCUGAGGAUGAAUUGGUCCACAAAGAUAAGCUAAUUGCAAUUUAAAAUCAAUUACAAUAGUCAUUAAAAAGUUGUUUAAAUAUAUAUGAUAAAUUUAGGUUAUCUGAAACAAAUAAAGUUGAAAUUAUUGGAGUAAGAAUCAAAGUAAAAAAGUAUUUAAAUGAGACAUAAUAAAGAAAUCUUAAAUUCAUACUUUAAUUCUUAUGAAUUUGAGAAGUUAAAGGAAUAAUUAGUGAAAUUCAAUAGAGGAGAAUCAAAUGAAGAGUAGGUAUGAGGAUAAUAAUCUUAAUUAGAUAAAUGAUUUCAUAUCAUAGAUAAUAAAGGAGAGAUAGAACUUAUAGAAUGUUUGUUAAAAUUAAUAAUGCUAAGGAUCGAAAUAGGCUGGAUUACCUUAAGAGUUUAAGGAUAUGGUAGUGAGUGAAAUUUGUAAUUCAUUAGAGUCGAUAAAGAAUUUUAUGAGAAAAGAUGAUUGUAAUAAUAUAAUGAAUAUCUUUGAGCGAUCUUUUUUUAUAAAUCACUGCUUUCUUAAGAAGAGGAUGCCAACAUUUAGGAGAUGAUAAAGGGAAAAUAGUUUAUAUUUAAUGAUUAAGAUGAAGUGCAAUUGAUUUAUGGAUCAUGCACACUGUCUAAAGGAAUAUAUGAAUUUUAGAUAGCAAUAGAGUACAUUUAAAGUGAAUAAUAAAAAUAAGAAGAAUAAUAGGAAGGAUUGGCAUCAAUAGUUAACAAUUCACCUUAAUUGUAUAAUCCAUACUCUUAACAUACUAUUGGUGGUCAUAUCAGUAACUCAGGAAUAUUUUCAUAAUAGGAAUAUCAACAUUUACAUAGAAUUUAUAUAGGAGUGGUUGAGGAUUUGGUUAAGGAUUAGAUGGCAACAUAUUCAAUAAUGUAUCAAACACAAUAAUGUUGUGCUGUUGAUAUUGUAAGAGGUGCAGCUAUUGGAUCAUUUCAUAUGAAACAAUAAUUGGGAGAGAAAUUAGAACCAAUUCAAACACUAUUUCAUAAAAAUAUGAAGAAGGGAUUGGUGUUAGCAUUUAAAAUUAAUUUAGAUGAAAAGUAUUAUUCAUUAAAUAAAUCUUAGUAAAUUAAUAUUAACAGAUAGUGAAAAUAAAACUAGAUAUGAAGGAUAAUUAUAUAAUAUGACAGGUGACAACAUUAAACCUUAUAUAUUAAUUUAUAAGAGCAAUGUUAAAGUAACGAUUAAUUGA